AUGCUGGGUUUUCUUCAGCCGGGGACGAUCCCACCGCGGUGCCACCGGGGCGCGUCUGCCCGACCGGGGACGAGCGCUCUGGCGGCCCGCGGCGGGAGCGCGGUGCCUCCGCCAGCACCAGGGACAGCGCCGGCAGCAGCGCUGCCGCUCCUUUGUUCCACCGCCGGCGAGGCCCCGCGGAACAAAGACUUCCGCCGCCGGCGGCGCGGGGACCCCGGCCUCUCCCCUCCCCGCCCCCGCACCCUCCCCGCACCCGCCGGCUUGGCCCGGCCACGGCCGCCGCCUCCACCGGAGCCGCGUCUCCAGUGUGCCGGCUUGCACGCUCCUGCCCCGGCUCACGUCGCACUGCCACCGCCGCCCCGCCACCCUCCCCCGCGCGUAAGCCGCUCCGCACACCCUACGCCGCCGCCGCCCCCCGCUCCGCGCUCGCCAGCCGCUGCCUUGCGCCUCGCCCCGCCGCCCAGGCCAGCGCACAAAGCCCGCACGCCGCUCCGCUGCCCGCCGGCACCGCUCCGCGCCGCUCUCCCCGCGCCGCGCCCGCACGCUGCUCCCCCUCCCCGCCUCUCCCUCGCAACCUCCGCACGCUGCUCUUCGCGCAUCCAUCCAAGCUGCCUCUCCGCACACGGCUCCGCUGCAGUGCCCCCGCGGCACCUCGGGCACCCCCCGCCCUGCCCCUGUGCACCAGCUCGGCGCAUGGCUCAGCCUCUGCCGGCCCGCGGCACAGACGCUGCUCCGCUGCCCCCCGCGCACCGCGCCGCCGUCCCGGGGCGCGCGUUCCUCGCUUCCAGAGGAGCCCCGCAAGAGGAGGAGCCAUUACCGAGCGGGCACUCCUAGCUACCGGCUGAGCGAUGCGCAAAGAACAAUCCUCGCGAUGAUAAUAUUAGAAAAUGUAUUUAUUUCCCAUUAAUCGACUUUACAUGGUUCAGCCCAAGAAAGCGAGAGGUCGAGUCACCACUACCUUGAAAAACCACCGCGGCUACCGCACCGCUCCAGUAGCCCCCCACGGCCCCGUUACCUGCUGCUGACAGCUGCCCCCGCGGGCGCCCGUCCCAUGACAGCGGCAUCUCCUUUCCACCGGGCUGAGUCAAUCAGUCCACCAGUCCUAGUUAGUCUCGGUUUCCGUAGGUGAGUACAGGUUGUCGAGCUCUUUAUUGCUUUGUCUCUCCUUUUCUUUCUUUCUUUUUUCCUUUUUUUUUUUUUUUUUUUUUUUUAGGCUCAUUGCAAUUAUUUUUGUUAUUGACAUUAUUGUUAUGGUAUGUUCUAGCGAGAUCUUUCAUGCUGCUUUGAGGAUCCGCUCUUGGCAUUCACCGCGUGCCUUAAUUGUAUGACAUUAAAUCAAGGUCCGCUGUGAACACGGAGAGUCAGAGCCUUAGAGCGCUCUCUCUCGCUCUCUCUCUCUCUCUCAGUAGAACAGCAACUCAUCCCCGAAAAAAAACCCCGGUAAUUUCCCUCCGCCCUAGUCCCAUUCUGGCCCAGGCUGCAUAUAACUCAUGCUCGAGUUUGCUUACUAGCCAGUCUGAUGUUUGCAAUGCUCAGGAAGCUGUUAAAUAUGCAUUUAAUCGAUAAAAAAGGAAAAAAAAAAAGGUAAUAAUAUAUGCGUGUGCCUAUUGCACAAUUCCGGACGACUGCUUUAAUUUCACCAGCGUCUUCGCGUGAUUUUAAACACAGGAGUUGACUCUCCCCGACUCGACGUCUGUCAUUUGGCAUCCCUGGCUGAGAGGAAUGACCAUGUCUUUCCGGCUGUCUCGGUCCGCCGGGUUUUGCGGCUCCCCUGGAUCACGGGCGGGGGGAGCCCGCACCCCCAGAGCAUCCCCGCUCCCCUCGGCCAGGGGGAGGGCGGGGGGAGAAGAGGGGAUCUUUCGGCGAUGAAAAAUGAAAGGGCAGGACGUGUCAUCUUUCUUUGUAAAGCAGAAAAAAAUUUAACUCACUCGCACCUGCCCCUUUCCCGGGAGGGUCUGGGCAGCCCAUCUGGCUUGCCUACACUGAACUGGCGAGUGAGGAAAUGAGGGGUGAAGUCAUUAUAAUAAUUAAAAAAAAUAGCCUAAGCUUUUAUUAUUACUGUUAUUAUUACGCUUUUUGCCAUCUUUCACGGCUCAGGAUCGGGACAAUUCCUUUUCCGUGCCGACGGCGCGCCGGGGAGGAGCGGAGCGGCCGGGCACCUCGCAUCACCCUGCGGGCUCGAGCACGGCCGGACCCCAGGAACCGGGCAGCUGACCUCGACUGCUUCCUCGGCGCCAGGGCCCGCGAGAGAGAGAGGAGGAGAAGCGGGCUGUGCUGCGGCUGCAGGCGGCGGCGGUCGGGAUCCUGCGGCGAGCUGUGCUUCUCAGAGAGUUUUCCCGUAGCUUGCCGGGGCAUCCAGGGGCAAACUGGGAAGGCGGCUCCGGGCCCCCUCGGCACCGUAGCUCCUGCGUGCGGC